AUGGGACAACAAGGCGGACAACCGCAGACGACAGGCCCCGCCAACAACCCCCAGCAGGCCCAACCGGGCACCCAGACGGCAACGCAACCCCCGGACCCCAUGACGGUAUUACUCCAGUCGAUGACUCUCCUCACCCAGUCCAUGGCGCAGCUCGCAAACUCGACCACUGGGACCAACAGCCUGAAGGCGGUUCAGAAGCCCUCUCCCUUUAAAGUCCUCUCCUUCAUGCAGGACAGUGCGGCUCUCUGGGCCACUCCGGCGAUGGAGGAGAUCACGCAGGGCACCACCCCGUUCAAAGGCUUGUGGACGGAAUUCCGCACCCAGUUCAAGGCCCGAUUCGAGACGGUCGACGAGGCGGUCGAUGCAAAGGAGCGCCUCCGUACGUUGUGGCAAGGCUCCAUGACUGUUCCGGAGUACGCCGCACGGUUCAACGAGCUCUCCACCCGCAUGGGCUACUCCAAGGCCGACCUCCGAGACCGCUUCUACGAACACCUGGCAGACUCCAUCAAGGACGAGUUGGUGCACACAGCGAGGCCCAUCGCUUCUCUCGAAGACCUCAUCACCGUCUCCUCCGACAUCGACGUCCGUGUCCGCCAACGCCGUGCCGAACGGGAUCGUCAGCGCGGACGCACCACCACCACCACCACCGCGGCCAAGCCGGCUGUUCCGCUGCAUACCACCCCCUUCACGCCGCCUGCCCGGGACCCGAACGCAAUGGACAUCGAUGCGACCCGUACGCGCGAAGAAUUCAACCGCCUCAUGCGCGGCAAGUGCUACGGUUGCGGGUCUACGGCGCACGUCAAGAAGGACGGCGGCCACGACCGAGACAUCUGCGGCUACUGUCGUCGUGUAGGGCACCGCGAGACAGUGUGCAUGGAUAAGUUCCUGAAGAAGCCCCGUUCACAGAAGCUCGCCGCCACGGAGGAAGGACCUGAGGAGCCCCAAGUUGCAGCGUCGACGUCGUCGUCCGCAGAUGCCGGAGCGACCAAUGCUCUCAUCGCCCAGCUCAUGGAGCAGCAGAAGGCCCUCGCUGAUCAGCUCGCCUCUCUGCAGAAGUCUUUUUAG